AUGACAAGUGAAAUACCUUAUUUUCCGAUCGCGGAUCAAGAGCUGCUCACAGCACAACCUGAGCGCAAUCGAUUGAUCGUGACAAUUUCAGAAACAUCACCAGACCACUCAUGGUUUUUGCAAAUUAUGGACUCUUCUCGAGUCGAGCUAUGGACAACAGGGAUGAGGUCGCAGGACCAUAUCUCUAUUGGUGGUGUUUCUGAGAUUGACCGCCUCCUUGCUUCGACUUCGACUGUUCGGAUGAGGCAUAUCAACGCAAACGUGAAGACAAGGUCGAACAGCGGCAAGGGUCAGGAAGUUCAAGAAACUCCAAUAGAUUGCAGAAGAAGAGGAUAUUAUGUAGUGGACACUCCUUGA